ACUUCCUCCCCUCCCUUCCCUGCUAGCAAGUCAGCUCAUCUGGCUAGCGAGACGAGACCUUUAAACUUGAUACUGUAAUUAUUAUGAAUUGAAUUGAUCAGUAUAGAAUAGCUAAUUUCCGUUUCCACAGUGCAGAGAACACACCAACUUACAAAAUGAACAUACGAAACGCAAGGCCGGAGGACCUUAUGAACAUGCAGCACUGUAACCUGCUGUGUCUUCCGGAAAACUACCAGAUGAAAUACUAUUUCUAUCACGGAUUGUCCUGGCCUCAGCUCUCAUACAUUGCAGAGGACGAAAAUGGGAAAAUUGUGGGAUAUGUGCUGGCAAAGAUGGAGGAGGAUCCAGAUGAUGUACCCCAUGGACACAUCACAUCUCUGGCAGUGAAGCGCUCCCACAGACGUCUGGGGCUUGCUCAGAAACUGAUGGACCAGGCCAGUCGGGCCAUGAUAGAAAACUUUAAUGCUAAAUAUGUCUCGCUUCAUGUCCGUAAAAGCAACCGAGCAGCCCUGCAUCUGUACUCCAACACACUCAAAUUCCAGAUUAGUGAGGUAGAACCUAAAUACUACGCAGAUGGGGAGGAUGCCUACGCCAUGAAGAGAGACCUGGCCCACAUGGCUGAUGAGCUGAGAAAGCCCGGAGUGCGUGUGUCGGGUCAGGAGGCACCGUCUGGCCAGAGCCCAUCGGGAUCUGGCGACCAGGAGAGGGAGAGCGAGAGAGACAGCGGAGGAGAGAGCAAAGAGCUGAGUGAAGUCAGCGAGGCAACAGAAAGCACAGACGUUAAAGAUUCUUCCUCUGAUUCACAAUGACGCUACAGGCCUAGACCUUUUUAAAUUCAUCCUUCACUUCCUCUUUUUAUCUCUAUUUGACAGUGUUCUGACAGUAUCUCUGGCUCCUCAAACUAUGACUAUCUGUACAUCAAAGACGUUCCCACAUUUCCAUCACUGGUUUUUCUUAAAUCUUACAGUGAUGAACAAAGAGUCUUAGAUAAUGGCAUGAAUCAGGAUGUUAUCUGAAUGAAGCUAAAAUGAAUAUUUGGUUCCAGCAUUUUUAUUGGAUUGCUGUUGUCAGUACCAAAAGUGACCCUACGCUCUGUGAGAUUUACAGAAUUGGAAACAACCUGUGCUUUUCUGUUUGUCUCAAACUGGUCUCUUAAUUAUUUAACAGAAUUACUGCAAAUAAAUCUUUCAAGUAA